CCAUCUUUCAUUUUAUUAUGUUUUAUUCUAAAACGAAAUACCUGAAUCAUUUUUAAUCGAUGGAGUCUACCUGUGCCAUUGUUGACACCUCAUGAAAUUGACGUUUACUUUAUAUAACCUCAAAAUCAUUCACACAAUCUAUACUGUCAGUGAGUAUAUGAAGGCAACGAAUAUUAAGUAUUAUUAUAGUUGAAGAAACAGUUAAGACAUCACUGUCAAUAUGUCUCAACUCGUAACCUCUCCCGAAGUAGACAAAGAUGUUGCGGAAUCUGUAGAAGAGAAAUCUUUGGACAGUGGCUUGGGUCGCUAUUUUAGUAAUGCAACGCAUACAAUCUUUGACGAAAUAGUUUCUCCUGACAUAAACUCGGAUAUACUUAACGCAUCCGUUUCUGCUCCAACACCACAUCCUGUAUUCACUACAAUGUCAGUAACUACAUCUAAUGAUUUCCUUAAUGGUUCUUUCUCUGAUACGGAACGUGUGUCAGAUCAUGUUACUGCUAGUGAUUCGCAUAGAGAUGCUUGGAUACCUUCUGAACAUACAAGGAAGAUACUUGCUUCGCUGGCCUUGACUCCUGGUAACAACUUUCCUGACAGAAUAAAUCUUACCAUGCCAGGAUUGAUGCUUCAGGGUGACUUGCCUGACAUUACAAAAGAAACUGCUAUUCAUUUCUUAGGUGAAGAGGAGAAUAUUCAUAGAAAUGUUUUAACUGCUUCGGAUGUGACUCAGGAUGAACGUGGUUUGAGAAAUUUAAUACAUGCUGGAUGUUAUCGAGCUGCUGUCAACCUAACGGGUAGACUCAUCGCAGUGUAUGGACAAGGAUAUGGAAAAAUAGAUCACCCAAGUAAACAUACUCCACAUUCUCUACAGCUGUGGUUUACUAGACUUGCUUUGCUUGCUAAAUUAAAACAGAUUGACAUUCUGGAGAAUGAAUCAAGACCAUUUGGAAAUCUUGAUAAGCCUGACAUGUUCUUCACAUUUUAUCCUGAAUUAUAUGGUACCAGACCAGGCUCUAUGGCUUCAUUUGCCUUUAGAUUACUGCUGGCAGAAAUCCCUUCUUAUUGUGGAAAGUCCAAAUUAGCUAUGGAUAAUCUUCAUAAAAUUCUAGCAACUGUUAGACAAAUAAUAAGAAAUCUACAAAUGGGCUUAGCUGAAGAUGGAGGUCGAGCAAAGUUUUCCUUAGCUGAACGAGAUGAUUCAAUAAGAUUAUGGCUUGGAAGAAAGUCAAGAAUCCUUAUUUCCAUUGUCAAUUGUGCUCUUGGCAUGAAGAAUUACGUUCUAGCUGUGGAUGUAUUGGAAAAUUUAUGCGAGUCUCUUGAUUGGACUCCUGAUCAAAGACAGAUAUUGAUUUCUGCAAUCGGUAGAGCAUAUCUCUUCCUGGGAGAUGUCUCUGCUGCAGAAAAGAAAUUCGCCAUUGGUACAGAUAGUAGAGAAAAUCCUACAACCGUUAGGGAACAUAUGGAUAACGGCUUAAUUGCAGUUGCUCAAAAUGCAUUUCAAGAAGCUUAUAAUUCUUUUAAAAAAGCAUCAGCGAUAGAACCUUCAAACAUCACUGUAAUAAACAACAUGGCCGUAUGUCUUCUCUAUACUGGACAACUGAAAGCAGCAGUACAUUUAUUGGAAAAUGCAAUUGCAAGGAAUCCAGCAAAGAGUUUACAAGAAGCUGUAUUGCUAAACAUCUGUACAUUAUAUGAGUUACACACUACUCAUUGCAAACAACCCAAAUUGCACUUGCUACGGCAGUUAAACAGAUACAAAGGGGAUGCUACGUCGAUACAAUGCUUAAAACUUAUAAUUUAAUUCAUCAAUGUAAUUGUAGUGAAAUCCAGUUAUUUAAUUUAUAUUAUUCCCAUAUAUGGCAUACUUUGGACAUAAAUUAUUUAAGAUUAUUUUGGUGUGUAUAUUAUGAUUUAUACAUGUAUAUUGAGAAUAAAUGAAGGACAAUGCAAACUGUUCAGCGUGAAGCAUA